UCUCUGCUGCAACUUCCUGGUGUCUGGUGAUAAACAAACUCCCAACAAACCCUCAACCUUUCAUUUCUUUGUCACCUGGGAUGUGCCAGCCUGGGAAACUUGACAGUUCUGUACAGUGCUUGGAUAUCAUGCUGAUGAGAGUGACGUUACCACCCCUCAGACUUGGAGACCAGUUCUACAAAGAAGCCAUCGAGCACUGCCGCAGCUACAACUCUCGGCUGUGCGCCGAGCGCAGCGUCCGCCUCCCCUUCCUGGAUUCGCAGACUGGGGUAGCUCAGAACAACUGCUACAUCUGGAUGGAGAAGAGGCAUCGGGGACCAGGACUGGCCCCAGGUCAGCUGUACACAUAUCCUGCUCGCUGCUGGCGCAAAAAGAGACGCUUACAUCCUCCUGAGGACUCCAGGCUGAAGCUUCUGGAAAUUAAACCUGAAGUUGAUCUGCCUUUGAAGAAGGAUGGGUUCACAUCAGAGGGAACCACACUGGAAGCCUUGCUGCGCGGGGAAGGGAUUGAGAAAAAAGUGGAUACUAAAGAGGAAGACACUAUACAGGAAAUCCAGAGAGUUUUGGAAAAUGAUGAAAAUGCUGAUGAAGUGAAUGAGGAAGAGGAAUUAGAAGAAGAUAUUCCAAAACGAAAGAACAGGCCCAGAGGACGGGCUCGGGGAUCUGGAGGUGGCAGGAGAAGGAACGAUGCUGCCUCCCAGGAUGACCAUGACAAACCUUACGUUUGUGACAUCUGUGGCAAACGUUAUAAGAACAGACCUGGACUGAGCUACCAUUAUGCUCACACUCACCUUGCCAGCGAAGAGGGGGAUGAAGCCCAAGAGCAGGAGACACGCUCCCCACCCGUCCACAGAAACGAGAACCACAAACCCCAGAAAGGACCAGACGGGGCCAUCAUUCCCAACAACUACUGUGACUUCUGCCUUGGAGGCUCCAGUAUGAACAAAAAAAGUGGCUGUCCAGAGGAGCUUGUGUCAUGCUCAGACUGUGGACGCUCGGUCUGUCCUGCCCUCAUGGACUCCACCAUCCUUCAAGCAAGCCAUUUCCGAAGAAGGCCAAGAGAAGCCAGAAUGCUUUGAUAUUUCUCCUCUCCUUGCCCAACCCAUCCCAGCUGGCACAGGCGCCUGGACUGUGGAAAGCCUGCUGGCACCUGCUCAGAAGUUUUGGGAUGCCCUAAGCUUGUGCAAUACAAAGAAAACCUUUUCUUUGUUAAACAUCUUGAUUUCACUGUCCUUUAUGCGUGUGUGUAAACCCAGGUCAAACUGGAAUUGAUCUACAAUAGAAAUGACUGAAAAACAAACAAACUGAAAAAAGACAACUAUUUUAUUUAUUUCAAUAUUUAAGAGAGAAAAGAAGUGCUCAAGUUGCACAGUAUUUUUGUUUAAAAUACAGUUUACUUCAAAAUUUAAAAGCAAUUUUGUGAAGACGUGAAAAUUAAAAAAAAAAGCACUUAAUGUAAAAUAAAGACUGAAUAUUUACUUUAAGGAAAAACUUUUUUUUAAUUAUGAAAAUAAAGAUCAACUCUGCUCUCUCUUACUUUAAAGAAGCCAUUCAUACAUGUGCUGGGUAUUUUUAUUUUUUGCAAAUUGGAUGUGGUAAGUGAAGAUUGUUCUGGUUUACUUUCUCCUAAAUUCUUGGUACUGUUUCCCUGUUAGAUAUUUAAAGCUUAUUUGCUUUACUGUGGUAGGCACAAAUCUGAACAAAUAUACUGUUGAAAAAGCAAAGAACAGACCCAAAGGCUGAAUUCUUGUUAUCGGUUUUUGUGUCCAGGCCGGAAGGAGUAUUGAUGUAUCUUUUCUAUAGAGUGAAACAAGUUUUGGCUUUACCAGUUCUGGGAAAUAUUGCUGCUGAAAAUAGAGGUUUAAAAAAGGAACAUCUCAAUUUACAGCAGUGCUACAUUUCAUUUUAGUAACUCAGCAGCUCAUUCUGAGAGAUGCUUGCAAUCUAAGGGCCUGAGCGUUCAAGCAUUCUGGGCGUGGAAUCUCCCAGUGGAAGUCCCCUGCACUUCCAAGUGCAGCACCAUUGCAUAAUUGAGCCCUAGUUUGGGAACUACUGGACAUUCAAAGGCAUGCAGAACUUCUUUUAAGCACCUCAGAAAUAAGCAGCUGGGGUGACUCAGGAAGAGGCAAGUGUGAGGUGCCAGGUGUAGAACCCUAAAUUUAGUUUUAUGGAGCGUGUGUGGUAAGGAAGGAGUUCAUACAUUUAUUUUAAACUGUUACUCAUCUUCUCAGCCUGGUAAGAUGUAUUGAUUCAUAGAUGAAUUGAAGGGUCUAUUUGGUUACCCAGUCCAUCUCCAGGGGCCAGUGCAAGAUUGUUCCCUACAGUGCUUUGUGCAGACUGGUUUUGAGUGUCUCAAAUUAAAGAUACAGAACAGCCUAGUCUCCUAAAGAAGGCCUUGGAUUUGAACCUGAGGCCUAGUCUACACUAGAAAAGCUUUGCCAUUAUAGCUGCUACUGGUAUCAGUUUC